AUGAGUCCUCCACUGCUCAAGCUUGGUGCUGUUCUUAGUACCAUGGCAAUGAUCUCUAACUGGAUGUCCCAAACUCUUCCAUCUCUGGUAGGACUAAAUACCACCAGACUAUCCACUUCAGAUACUCUAGUAAGUAGCUCUGAUGUCAUUGCCACAGACCCCAAAGAAGGAUGGCAAGUGUAUAGUUCAGCCCAAGACCCAGAUGGCCGAUGCAUUUGUACUGUAGUUGCACCAGAACAAAAUUUAUGUUCCAGAGAUGCCAAAAGUAGGCAACUUAGACAACUGCUAGAGAAGGUUCAGAAUAUGUCCCAAUCUAUUGAAGUUUUAAACCUACGGACUCAGAGGGAUUUCCAGUAUGUUUUAAAAAUGGAAACACAAAUGAAAGGGCUGAAGGCUAAGUUUCGGCAAAUUGAAGAUGAUCAGAAGACAUUAAUGACAAAGCAUUUUCAAGAGUUGAAGGAAAAGAUGGAUGAGCUGUUGCCAUUGAUCCCAGUUCUGGAACAGUACAAAACUGAUGCCAAGUUAAUCACCCAGUUCAAGGAGGAAAUUAGGAAUCUGUCAGCAGUUCUCACUGGGAUUCAGGAAGAAAUUGGUGCCUAUGACUAUGAGGAACUACACCAGAGGGUGCUCAGUUUAGAAACCAGACUUCGAGACUGCAUGAAAAAACUCACAUGUGGCAAAUUGAUGAAAAUUACAGGCCCCAUUACAGUCAAGACCUCUGGAACCCGAUUUGGAGCCUGGAUGACAGAUCCUUUAGCAUCAGAAAAGAAUAACCGAGUCUGGUACAUGGACAGUUAUACUAACAAUAAAAUUGUCCGUGAAUACAAAUCAAUCACAGACUUUGUCAGUGGGGCUGAAUCAAGAACAUACAAUCUUCCAUUCAAAUGGGCAGGAACCAAUCAUGUUGUCUACAAUGGCUCCCUCUAUUUCAACAAGUAUCAGAGUAACAUAAUCAUCAAAUACAGCUUUGACACUGGACGGGUGCUUGCACAGCGUAGCCUGGAAUAUGCUGGCUUUCACAAUGUGUACCCCUACACUUGGGGCGGCUUCUCAGAUAUUGACCUGAUGGCAGAUGAAAUUGGGCUGUGGGCCGUAUAUGCUACCAAUCAGAAUGCAGGCAACAUUGUUAUCAGCCAACUAAACCAGGAUACGUUAGAAGUGAUGAAGAGCUGGAGUACAGGCUAUCCAAAGAGAAGUGCUGGGGAAUCCUUCAUGAUCUGUGGAACUUUGUAUGUUACCAACUCACAUUUAACAGGAGCCAAGGUCUACUAUUCUUAUUCCACGAAAACCUCCACUUAUGAGUAUACAGACAUUCCGUUCCAUAAUCAGUACUUUCAUAUAUCCAUGCUUGACUACAAUGCAAGAGAUAGAGCUCUCUAUGCCUGGAAUAAUGGACAUCAGGUCCUGUUCAAUGUCACCCUUUUCCACAUUAUUAAGACUGAAGAUGACACAUAA